GCACCGAAUUAUCACACCUAGCCUUAUCCCUUUUCCCUUCUGCAUCUUCUUCCACACACACAUCUCUCUCUCUCAGCGCCCACGGCAGCUCCCAAUCCUCUACCUCGCCCUGCGCUAGAACACCUCUGCUCCUCCCUGCCCCUUGCUUCACGCACCAUGCGGCCACCGGCUCGAUAGCGGCCGUCGCUGCGGUGAAUAGGUAAAAAAAAAGCUGCAAGCUGUAAUGUGUCGUUGCCGCCAUUGGCCGGAGCGGAAGCACCGACAGGAAGGAUUACCCGUCGUGCGUGCUACAAUGGCGGCAGCAACCUGUGCUACAUGGGCCAUGGAAAAGCUGCAAUCGGCCGGCGAAAAAGCCACAACCGGCUCACAUAAGCUACAAUGGGGUGUGUUGUAAUGUUGGAACCGACGUCGAGAUUUGUUGGAAUCGGCUUCUCGAUUUGCUGGAACCGGCAAUCACACUUGCUGGAAUCUAUGUCACGAGCGUAUCAUUUUGCUGCAACCAGCCGCAGAGAUUGCUGGAACCGGCAUCCAGAAUUGCUGGAACGGGCUUCUUCUUCAACGACGCCCAUGGUGACCACGAAGACGGCGAGUGCGGGAAGCCAACGCGAGCGCGGGCGGUGCUUCAAUCUCCGACGAGGGGAUUAUGACGAGGGUCGCAGGCGUUCGUCGCAGCCUCUCUCUCUCCGGCGCGCGGCGGCUGCUCCCGAUGCGGGAGAAGAAAGAAUCAAGGAGGAAGAAGGAGGGAACGACGCGCUUGAGGGGCUGAAUCAUGAGGGGCGGAAUGCACGCAUCGUGUGGCUGUCGUGCGUCUGGUCCAAAUUUGGUCCAGCGCGCCGGCGCCUAUCAGUGUUCGUACCGGAAGGUCAAUGGAGAUGCUCGGUAUAUGUUCAAAGCGCCUGUGUGGAGGAGGUGCACACUGCCAUGGGGCAUUUUGAUUUCACUGUCACCGUUUCAGUCCAUGUAGUUCCUCCCCAUUCCCCAGUGCCUCCUUUUCCUAAAGACAUAUACGAUGUGGUAAUGCUUGGCCUACGUCAAGUAUAAAUGGUUGUAUACUUGUGUAAAUUCUGUUUCUCUUUUAUUUUGUUGCCAUCAUAGCUAA